AUGGACAACAUUGACAGUUCGUAUAAAGGGUUUACGGAUGUCUCCAGCGUAGAUAGCAGCGCAUUACUAUCGUCAAACAGACACGUUCCGCCCCAUUAUCCAACCCCGACCAGGCGCAGACACCGCACAACGUUUAGUCAGGAACAGCUGGAACAUUUGGAGGCAGCUUUCAGCAAGAACCACUACCCUGAUAUAUACUGUCGAGAAGAACUGGCGAAGAUCACCAAGCUGAAUGAAGCAAGAAUACAGGUCUGGUUUCAAAACCGAAGAGCAAAACACCGCAAACAUGAAAGGACAAACCAGAAAUCUGUAUCAGCAAGUGGCAUGAUCGCCUGCAGCAGCCUUAUGCCUGGAGUAUGUUCUAUGUCCCCAGCAUCUCGCCAGUAUCAAUAUCCCCAUACACUAAACCAUAUUCCCCGAUUCACAUCAAUGGCUCCGACAGGUUACCAGCCCCCAUCAUCUGUCAGCCAAUUUAUGUGUUCCAGCACACAUCCCCAUCUACCCUCUGCUGCCCCUCCGUCCCGCCAGCACGAUGACUGGUACAACUCACUUAGGUCCAUCAACUCCCCAAGUGCUGGAUUGUCCUCAUCAAUGAUAACCUUAGCACCGAUGGCCACGUUAGAUCCACCCACUCACUGGAGUUAGGCUUUGUCCAGCGUAUAGGAACACUAUGGACUUGAGUUAAUGCUUACUAUGAUGUCCUGCAAAGGCGCAAUGCUCUGUCUUAGAUUUUGCCAGGAAGGUUAACAUGCUUUUUUUUUUGUGUUCAGAUACAUUUAAGCUUAAGCCUCAUUGGCAGAUCUCUAACGGCGCAACCAUAAUCACCAAUAUUCAACUGCACUUGAUAGAAAUGUAAUGGCGGACUGUAUGGUGGACCUUAGAUUAUGCUGAAUUGUGCCAUAGAUGAUAUAUUCUACACCUAUGUAGCUUAGGCCUUAUUGCCGUGGUGUGGAGCAACAUCUUAAAGGGCUAAAAAAAAAGUGUUUAAAAACUAAGUCAUUCUGUACAGAAAUGUUAUGGGAACUUCCUUCAGUUUCAAUCCUUCACCAUUUUCAAGAUCUCUACUUGUUGCCAACAAAUAAAAUCCAUCUAACAUAAACACUAGCCUGC